CAACAAAAUAAAGGUCGCACCCAGGCACGCACAACGCACCGACGGAGUCUCCGCCUGCCCGUAGGCUCUAUGCUUCAUUCCCCCCCACACACAGGCAAGACACAGGGCAAAGCACCACCAACUGACAUGGGGGCACAGGUAGCCAAGAGGUCGUGCAGCAGCAGCAGGGACAAACUCUGAGUGGGCCGCAGAAACGAAUGUCUGGCCUGGCCUGUGUGGCUCAUGUGACACACAGACAGCCUGACCACACAACACACACACCCACACCCACACGCACACAUGAAGGCCAGACAUCGAUCGCUCCGCCUGACCUGCUGACCCUCAGAUUAUCUAAUAGCGGCGAGUCGCCCUUAUCCCGAUGCGCCAGGCCGACCAUCCAUUCACUGUGAUGAUGUCGAAGUCGCCGACCGCCACACCGUUGGGGAGGAGCUCACGAAUGGCAUCGACACGGUCGCCAGGCCCUGCCAGCCACACCACAGCACGCCUCAGGCCGCGCACGCCAGCCGUUAACAGAGACGUCAGGCCGCUGCUAAUGACAGCGACAGCAUCCUCCAAGUCAUCGGGAACUGAGUGAAAGACAGACAAGGCGGAUGGACACAGACAAGGUGAACCUACGAGCACCUUCCUGCACUCACUGCCCUCCCGGCAUACCUUCAAACUCCAUCAGUAUGACAUCAAUCGCUGGGAAGCCCUCAGACCCCCACCCGUCAAAGGCGCCGCCCUGCGUAAGACUGACCGCACCCUCACCGCAUCGACCCACAUCGACAGUGCCCACCUCCCUCUCCGCCCCCAGCGCCUCCAGCGCAUCGCUCCUGUCCUCCACGCUCACGUUUCUGCCAAACUCCACGCUCUCCACCUCCCUGGGCAUCUUCUCUGCCAGCAACCGACCCGUAGCGCCGCCGACAGCGCUCCAGAUAUACAGAGCUCUCGCCCUAGGGAGCUGCUGCAGGUGGUUGAUGAUGGCGGGGGCGGGUGAGGGGCUGCCGGGAGGGGGGACGAAGCCAGGGGCAUUGUGAACCGCCACACCUUCCACCUUGUCGAAUGAGAGGGUCUUUGCUAUCUCGACGGCCGCCUGGCUGGGGUCGUUGAGGGGGUGGGUGAGGUCAUGCUGGCUGAUGGUGUAGGUCAACUUGUCCGUCUGCCGUGCCGCCUCCUGGAUGGCCGUCUUGAUGAAGAGGGAGGGGCGACGGGGGAAUGCGUCGGCGUAGAAAAGGGACAGGUCGAAGUGGCCCCGAAACCCAUUGCCCUCCACGUUAAGCGGAACGUCCGGCGAGGUGCAGCAGGUGUUGAUGAAGUCAUCGACAGCCAGCAGGGCAGAGAGGCUGUGGUGGUUUGCGAAUGAUGGACUCUCCACGUCGAGCCUCGUCAGCGACUUGCGGCAGCCACGCGAUGACAGCACAUCCUACAGACAGAGAGAAGGACGUUGCUCGUGUGUGUGGGCACGUGCGGAUAAGGCCUCCCCUGUGGGAUAAAUUGCCUACCUGGAGCCGCGUGACUCCUGUCAGGUACUGCUCUAAAGGGUCCCGAUAACGCUCACGCUCAAUCACUCCGAUGCGCUUUAGCUGCCUGAGCGCCCCUGGCCGGCCAGGAGGUGCCAUGGGUAUCCGCUCAAACACAGCCGCCCACUGCCCUGGCAAGAGACGCCCCCCAACCUCUCUCAGCGAUAAGGACGAGCUGAUGAACUGGCCCAGCGUGAUGGCAUCCCACCCACACAGAUCCACAUACUCGAGUGCGGGCAUCUUCCAGCGGGUGUUGGCCAGCACACUGUGCUGCUGGACGGCUCCUGUGACGGCCUUGAGGGCAUGGAGGGUCGGGGGUGGGGCGAAUGAAGGGGGGAUCGGGGGACGGUGCUGGUUCACAUUGCCGGUGCUGCUGGGGCUGGUGCUGGUGGUGGUGGUGAAGUGGAUGGUCUCCAGACUGCCCUCCGCCAUGUGCUGCUGCCCCUCCUUCUCGCGUGCCUCCCGCCGCCCGGCCGCAUGGCCCUCCACGACGCUUAUCAUACUGUCCAGACACCACCACCGGCCGCUGUGUGGCUGCACGAGGGUGAGGGCCGUCAGAUUGACGAGCCGCUUGCCGAGGUCGAAGGCCUCCUCAGGCGUCGUGUUGUCCCAGAAAUGGCGGUCGUCCUCGGUAGAAGAGUCGAUGGCGAUGUGUGUCUGCUGGUGAAGGGCUGCCUUGCGGACUUGCGGCCACUGCUUGCAGAGGGUUGGCACAGCCGACAGCUCGCGAGGGGUCAUGAAGCUGAAGAGCGACGCCACAAGGUCGUCGCCAAAACCAGCAGGAGUCUAGAGAGAAGCGACAAAGGGACACAGAGAGGCGGCAUGAGAGUGGCUGACAUCGUUCGUGUGUCGUGUGUGGCUGUGUGUACCUUCUUGGUAACAUCCCACACCUGCACACAUACCACACACCAAAGCACCAAGCGUCAAACAGUGGUCCACGGCGCUUUUGGUUGAGGUGUGUUUGCCUACCACUUGUGCCAUUUGGUGCGUGUCUGUCAGCGGCGUGGUCUCGUUGUGCGGCACCAGCACUUUGAACUCCUCCGAGCCGCCCACCUCCCUCAAGUGAAGCGCCGUCCCUCCUCUGCCCUCCUCGAUGCGAUACACGUCGGCCUUGACCCACCUCUGCUUGCCCUUCUGCCGCCCGUUGGUCACCAUUAGCACACGACUGCCCUCUUUGUAACGGCACGGCGCAGGGGAUGCCAUUGCCUGACGAACCGAACAAUCAAACGAAGGAACGAAUGAGUCAGUGAUGUUCUGACACAUUGAUGAGUGUGUGUGUGUGUGUGUGUGUGUGAUUUGCCUUGACUGACCUCGCCGUGAGGCAAAGCAGACGAUGCUGAAGCUGCCAUGGCGCCACUCAAACCCAACUGAUGAGGCAGUGCAGAGGAAAGAGAUGCACCACUCUCCUCACACCACUACUUGGCACCAUCGUGUGUUCCUUCCUUAAGGCGACUUAAUCAUCUGGAAUGUUCA